GAAGAUUCACUUAUGGCAAGCCAGUUUCCAGGAUCUUCAAUUGUUAGUGUAUAUUAGUGCAUUUCAUGUUUUUCACGAGAAUAAAUAUUCUAUCUUUCUCAGAAAACAAUUCUAAAAUUUCAAUCAUGAAGAAAGAGAACUGGACCUGUUUGACUGAAAUUGUCCUAUUAGGCUUCUCAGAUUUUCAGUCUAUGCGAGAACUCAUGUUUUGCCUGGUUCUAAUAUUCUACCUCAUGGCUUUGAUGGGUAACAGCUUCAUUUUGAUCCUCACCAUUUUCAAUCGUCCCCUUCACACCCCAAUGUACUUCUUCCUUUGGAACUUGUCCUUUUUGGAAAUUGGCUACACCUCCACCAUCAGCCCAAAGACACUAGUAAAUUUGUUAUCAGACAACCAGAAUAUAUCCUUUUGGGGCUGUGAAUGUCAAAUGAGUUUCUUCAUUCUCUUUGGUAUUACUGAAUGUUGUCUUCUUUGUGUUAUGGCAUAUGACCGCUACGUUGCCAUUUGUAAACCCUUGCAAUACUCAUAUAUCAUGAACCUCAGGAAAUGUGCUAAGCUUGCUGCUGCAUCAUGGGCCAUUGGUGUUUCUGUUUGUCUGGGGCAAUCUAUUUCAAUCUUCACCCUUCCCUUCUGUGGGUCAAAUAGAAUCAGCCAUUUCUUCUGUGACCUUAUGCCUGUUCUGAGACUGGCUUCCACUAAUACUUACAAAAACGAGGUGGCCAUUGUCACAAUAACAGUUCUAAUUAUUCUGGUACCUCUUUUGCUCAUCCUUCUUUCCUACAUCCUCAUCAUUUCCACUAUUCUCACAAUGCCACUGGCCAACACCAGACGCAAAGCAUUUUCCACUUGUUCCUCACAUCUCACUGUGGUCUGCAUUUUCUUUGGGACUGGCAUUUUUACCUACAUUCGUCCCAACUCAGAAUAUUCCAUGGAAAGUAGCAGAUUCCUUGCCUUGUUCUACACAGUGGUGACCCCAAGCCUGAACCCCUUCAUUUACAGCUUGAGGAAUAAAGAGAUAAAAUAUGCUUUCAUGAAAUCUGUAGUAAGGAAACAAAUGUUCUUAAUAGGAUAAUCGAAAUAGAUCCAUAGGUUUGAUGUCUUCAACACAAUGUAGUUGUCGUGCAUAAAUAUAUGCGGUAGAAUGGACUCCAGGGGAUACCAGUGGCAUAUUUCACCCUUUAUAAAAGAAGUGUGACAAAUUUAUUUAAAACAAGGAAAGAACCCUGAAAGGUAACUUAAGUCCAUUAUUCUGGUACAAUUCAAAUAAUGAGUUGACCAGCCAUUUAUUCAAAAGGAAAGCUACUAGACUGUUCAUAAAGUCUAAAGAAAAGGGGGGAGGCAAAGGAAGGAGAUAAAAGAUGCUUUCAAGAAAUCAAUAGCAAUCAGAGUGUGACUAUGAAGCAGUGGGGAAGACUCCUAAAAUAGUUUUUUUGAAAAAAAGAAGGCAAUAUUCCAUGAACGCAAUUUCUGAAUAGGGAGUUACAAUCUUUUGCUUUCCCAGGCCUCUGUUUACCUUGUGUUUUCUUCUCCUUCUCCAAGGCUACCAUCAUUUGUUGGUCUUCUUAAAAUUUUAAAACAGAAUAACAGAGUUGGAAAGGACAUUGGAGGUCUUCUAGUCUAACCCCCAACCUGAGCUGGAGACCCCAUACCAUUUCAGACAAAUGGCUGUCAAAUCUCUUCAUAAAAACCUGCAGUGAUGGAGCAUCCAAUGCCUGAGCUGAUAGUUAGUUACUCUGGAAAAAUGUAAAAGUAUCUCUUUUGUAGAAAGGAUAGUUGUGUAAUUUGAAACCAUAUAGCUGUGCCAAUGCUUUAUUUUCUUUGAGAAGAUGUAUUUGGCUUUAGGAGCUUCUAACUUGAGUUGUAGAAAGAUUUACAACUUUCACACAAAAGGAGGUAAAAGAGUAUCAGACAGUACAUAUACAACUGAGCACUGAAUUCAGAGAUGGUGCCACCUAGGAACUGUAGUCUAUUUUUUUAAAUAUUCCCUGAUAUAUUAGUCUUAUUAUAAUUACUAACUAAUUCUGUUCUUAUUAAAAAGUUCUGUAAUCCAUUUAUGCAUUGAUAUGAUAUCAGUGUUUCAUUAUCCUUAGUGAAAUAUUUCUUAUUCUCUUAUAUAUUGUGGUAUGUUCAUUUCAGACAAGUGGCUGUCUAGUCUCUUCUUAAAAAUCUCCAGUGAUGGAGCGCCCACGAUUUCUGAAGGCAAGCUGUUCCAUUGGUUAAUCGUCCUCAUUGUUAGGAAGUUUCUCCUUAAUUCCAGGUUAUUUCUUCAAAUAUUGGAAUACUGCUGGAAAUAGAUGGAAAAGAAUAUCUAUAUGGAUCUAAGCUUAUAUGCCCCAGAAAGACCCAGUUCUCUUGAAGAUGGUUUCUCCUAAUUUUUUCAUGUGGAAAUAUCUUGGAUUUAAGUGGGAAAUAGUUCAGUUGCUGGGAUUCUCAUAACCUCAUCUCAUUCAUCUCAAUAAAUUUUGCUAAAAACAAUCUGUGAGACUCAUGGUUGGAAAUGUGGAAAAUGAAAAUAUUGGCUAUUGUUCUUUUAUGCAUGAAGCUUUGCCCGACAGGAGAGCAAGUGCUAGUAAUCUCUGCUCCCCACCAGCAUGCAAUCUCCAGCCUGGACAGCACCAACAAGAACUGAAUUCCGAUUUGCCAUUCUCGGACACUUGAAAAACUUCAUACCACCUUUCCAACACAAUGAAUGCCCAGAGGCGCAUGAAGGAGACUAUGUGCUCCAGGAAAAUGCCUCAUGCUUGUUGUAUGGACUAUAGUUGUAUUGUUGUUUAUUGGCAUUUGUAUUCUUUUAUCAUGAAUCUUAAAUCUACUGAGGUUGUAUGUAUUUCUCAAUAAAAUACUUCCUUUACAUGCCCCUCUGAAACUAUUGUAGACACUUUACCUCAGAAUUCCUCUAAUCUUAUCUUUUUACUUAUGUUUUGUGUUGUCCUUAUAGACAGGAAGUGGGGACUGUGGAAAACAAAAAUAUUGUUCUUUUAUGCAAGGUUUAGGCCCAGGUGAACUAAAUCAGGCCUCAUGGAUAUAGUAUUGAACCAAAGUCUGUGCUAUGCUUAAUUUUGCAGUUUGCAAUUGUACUUUACUUAAUAUGAUUUUGUUAAGCUUGCUAGUUUCAAAUAUAUUUAGAACAUAAAGUCUGGAACAGUAAGAAAUAGGGAACUGAAAGUAGUUGAUGGAUGCCGGUUCCAAUGUACACAGGUAUAUGUGGAAAGUUAUGUUCAGCAGAAGUCAGCAAAAGUCAGCAGACCAUCUGACUGCAGUCUUAGAACGGGAAAGGGUAUAAAAAGUUGGGUCUGGACCUGACUGAUUUGCCAUUGGCCUAUAGCUAUCCUUUGGAGUGCUAUGUCAGUGGACCUCAUUGCAAUGGGUUAUUAAUGUAAGUUAUGUUGUGUUAUUAUGCAUGCUAUGUUCCAAAUUAUUAGCAAA